AUGUUACAAAAAGACCUUCAUAGUAAUCCAAAAAAGCCAUCAUUUUCAAGACAAGAACAAGAUUCGCCUGAUUAUGAUUGUAAAAUGAAUCCAGUGCCAGAUUAUGGUCUCAAUAGUUAUAAAGCUACUGAAGAACUUCAAGACAAAAUUGCUAUAAUUACUGAUGACGAUUCUAAUAUUGAUCGAGCUGUUGCUUGGGCAUUUGCAUGUGAAGGUGCAACAGUUAUUAUUUCAUAUUUAAAUGAACAUGAAGUGCAAAAGAAAUUCAACAAGCUAUUAGUAAAAUUGGUCGAUAAUCCAGGUGAUAUCAGUAAAGAAGAACAAUGUAAAAAAAUUAUCGAUAUAACACUAUCAAAAUUUCAACGAAUUGAUAUAUUAGUAAAUAAUGCUGCAUUUCAAGAAAAAGCACUGUCAGAUUAUAGUGAAUAUCUUGUCAAACAGAUGAUCUUAGACAAUAAUCGUAAAGCUAUUAUCAAUGUUGGUUCAGUACAAGGUUAUAAUCCAUCAGCAGAAAUUAUAGAUUAUGCUACAACAAAAGCCGCCAUUGUUGGUUUUACUAAAGGUUUAGCACGUAAACUUUUAGAGAAAGGUAUUCGAGUUAAUUGUGUUGCACCUGGAACUGCUUGGACUCCAUUAGUCAUGUCAUCAUUUCCAAAAAAUGAAAAUGUUACAUUUGCUGAAGGAUGUCCAAUAAUACGACUAGCACAACCACGCGAAUUAGCACCAGCUGCUGAUUCAUCUUAUAUAUCUGAAUAA